CACAUGCAACAAACACAUAAAACCAUUGCAAUUGGCAACGGCAGUCUGUGUCUCCGCAGUCCGCACCUCGUUAUCUCCGUUCCGUGCAGGCUUUGUUGUUCGACACUGCUUCAGUACUGUGGUGCACUGCCGGUGCGUAUCGUAACGCCGGGACAGCCAGAAAUGGGAGGCUGCGACGACCACGCCCGCCGGCCGCCGUCCCUGCCGUGGACGGUGCGCGUCCAGCUGGCCGCGCUCGCGUUGGCACACCGCCGGGACGGCAGCGUCCGGCGCCUCCUCUUCUCCCUCGGCGACCUCAAGUCUGGCACCACGUCCCGCCCGGGCGCCUCGGGGUCGGGGGUGCGCUCCGCGGACGUCACCAUCGACGCCUCCCGCGGCCUGUGGGCGCGCGUCUUCUCCCCCUCGCCCGCCGCGGACGCGGACGCGGACGCCGAGCCGGCCCCCGUUCCCAUCGUCGUCUACUUCCACGGCGGAGGGUUCGUGCUCUUCUCCGCGGCGUCCCGCCCCUACGACGCCUUCUGCCGCCGGCUCUGCCGCGACCUCCACGCCGUCGUCGUGUCCGUCAACUACCGCCUGGCACCCGAGCACCGGUUCCCCGCGGCGUACGACGACGGCGUUGCGGCGCUCCGCUACCUCGACGCCAACGCCGACUCCCUGCCGGAGGCCCACGUCCCCGUCGACCUCUCCAGCUGCUUCCUCGCGGGCGACAGCGCGGGCGGCAACAUCACGCACCACGUGGCGCAGCGCUGGGCGGCGUCGUCGCCCGCCGCGAACCUCCACGUCGCCGGCGCCGUCCUGAUCCAGCCGUUCUUCGGUGGGGAGGAGCGGACGGAGGCUGAGGUGGCGCUGGACCGGGUGUCCGCGCUGUCGGUGGCGGCGACGGACCACUACUGGAGGGAGUUCCUGCCGGAGGGCGCCACGCGGGACCACGAGGCGGCGCGCGUGUGCGGCGAGGGCGUCGAGCUCGCCGACGCGUUCCCGCCCGCGAUGGUGGUGGUCGGCGGCUUCGACCUGCUCAAGGACUGGCAGGCCAGGUACGUGGAGGCGCUGCGCGGGAAGGGGAAGCCGGUGCGGGUGGUCGAGUACCCCGACGCUGUCCACGGCUUCCACGCGUUCCCGGAGCUCGCCGACUCCGGCAAGUUCGUGGAGGAGAUGAAGCUGUUCGUCCAAGAGCAUAGCUCCACCAAACACCAAGCGUGCCUCGGAAUUUGAUGUAAAACUGGUGCAAAAUUGAACCCACACACUUGUGCUUCGCCCUACUUUUUUUUUUUUUUUUUUUUUUUUUGCGAUGUGUUUCCGUUCACCCACACCGUACUUUUUGUCAAUAAAGAAAAGGAGGUAGUAUGAGCUACAUUUCCUUCAAGAGGUAGUAUGAGCUACAUUUCCUUCAAUAUGAGCCGUGCCUACGUACGUUUCUCAGUGUUUCCAUUCCAUCGAGCAGCUCUGCGUUGCCAGAUGAAAUAAUCGCAGACCUUCGUAAGUGAAACAACUCAGGAUGAAGCAUCUGGUUGCAUUGCAGAUUUGCAUGAUAACCUUUAUGCAACCAUACCCAUUGCAAACGCAGCGCAAGUUAACCUUCAAAUUGAGAAAUACCGCAACCAGCUAUACGUAUCAAGAAGAGUUUGGAUUGCGUAAGGCAUAUAAGGCGUAACGUCUGCAGAAACAAGGGCAUUUUAUUUCGACCCGAUCUUUAAAGUUAAACUUUGGAUACUGAUUUCAUAUAAAACAAACAUUGUACGACCG